CUUCAUUUCAUUUCUCGAUCGUGUAUACACGUAUUUACAAUUCAAAUUAUCGCAGGUUAAAUGGCAAUCAAUUGUUUAUAACAAUUUAGUUACAAUAUAAUAUAAUAUUUUUUUCUCACUGGGCCUUCAAACAUGAAUAUCUGUUUCUACCUAAUGUUGGUGUAUUCGGUGUUAAUAACAUGUGAGUGAUAUUUUUUGAGCAUAAAAAUUAUAUUGUAGACAAAUUAUUGAUUAGUAUUAUAUAAAUAUCUAAUAGGUAGGUGAUCUUAUAAUACAAUCAGAAUUGUCCAAACCAUACUUAUUUGGCAGAAGUUCCAACACUUAUCAUUCGAGGGUUGGUAUAAAUUAAGUUAAGUUUUAAAUGAUUCAAUGGUUAAUAAUUAUUACCUCAUUUCAAGUCAUCAGGUUCAAAUAUCUUUGGGUUUUUCGAAAAAAACCAAAGAACUAUCCAUAUGUUAUUUUAUUAGUAGUAAUUCAUUUGUAGUAAUUAUUAGCUUUUUAAUUUUAUGAAAAAUGUUUAGAAGAAUUCAAAAUCAAUGUUAUAAACUCCGAAAUACCGGCUUUAAAUAAACCGUCAGAUUUGGGGAUUUAAAAUUCCGGAUUAUCGAACUUCAUCAAAUCCGAAUUUUUCCAUCACAACAUAUAGUAGAAAAAGGUUUUUUUUUAUACCUGCCAACAUAUUAUACCCUGUUUGGUUGGAUUUUUCAAAAUAAAUAGAACAAUAAAAUUGUAAAAUAAGUGCAACUAUUCAGUUUCCUUGAAUUUUUGUCUUUAGGUUAUGUUAUAUUAUUCUUAAAUAUCAUGUUUGAAUACUUAUGAUUUUUUGAUUUCGAUUCUGAAUCCAGCAAGGAAUUUACUUUAAGUAUAAUAGAUGUGUUUCAUCUCUUUUCAAUUUGAGAAAUUUGUCAGUACAUCCGAAGUUAUCUGAAUUGAUGAAAACAUUUGAGCGGUCAAAUUUCUAAUUUUAUUCGUAAAUUUGUGACAUUGCAUAUUAUCUUUAAUCGAACUUAGCUCAGAAUUAAUUAACGUUUUCAAAUCUUUAUGUCAUUGCACACAAAUUAAAUAUCUGUAUGUAAUAUAUCUUUUUAACUUCCUGCUUACAACAGUAUCACACUCUUCAGUAGUAUAGUCCUGCAGGAUUAAUCAAUAAUACAUAAAAAAAUGCUCUUUUUUAAUUAAAAAAAAAUAUACGAGGUGUGGCUAUUAAACAACGAGACUGGUUACGAAAAACUGUUUUAUUUUAAAAGUUAUUCUACAUUCAAAUGCUCCUCUUCAAUAUACUCCCCUCCUUUCGCCCCACACCGUUUCAUUCGUUUCUUCCAUUGCUCGAGGCAGUGCUGGAAGUCGGUUUUCGUAAGACCAUUCAGGAGUCCGCCGAUUUUUGUUUCACCUCUUCCAUCGAUUCAAACCGGAUUCCUUUUAAGGUAGACUUUAUCUUCGGAAACAAGUAAAAGUCGCAGGGUGCCAAGUCGUGUGAGUAAGACGUGUGUUCGAGUACUGGAGUGCCUUAAGCGGCCAAAUAACGCUUCACGCUUUAUCCUGGUGCAAGAUAUGCGUUAUCCUGGUGCAAGAUACUUCUUCGUUUCUUACGAACUCAUUCACACAAUGUUGCCAAAACUGUCAAAUAGUAAUGUUGGUUUACAGUUUGACCCUCUGGAACCCAUUCAGUCAUCACGAUGCCGUUGAGAUUGAAGAAAACGGUUAAUUUAGAUUACGACUGAAUUGGAUUCCGGUGCACUCUCGACCUUCACAAAAUAAUUUAUGCCACUUAAAAAAACACGCGCCCGAGAUAGGAAAUCCUGACUAUAGGCCUCUUUUAACAACUUAUAGCACUCAGUUGGAGUUUUUUUUAGUUAACGAGAAAAUUUUACGUUUAUCCGUUGCUCAUGUUUUUCGUCACACAUGGUUUUCGGCGCGAGAAAAAAACACGUUCGUUUCAAACCACUACUGCACAAAUACUAUAAUAGUGAUGAAAACGUGUUUUGGUACAUGCAUAGAUAGGAUAUCUAGAUGCCCAACACAUUACUCGUUUUUUUCACUACCUAUCUAAGGCGCCCUCUAGGCGAGCAGUCUCGUUAUUUAAUAGCCACGCCUCGUAAUAUAGGUUACAUCUUCUAUUUUUACAGAUCAGAUCAAUUAUUACAAAUGUUUCAAAGCUACUCUGGACAAUGCAAGUUUUGCGAGAAAAACUGCAUAAAAUUAUUCUAGUUGUUUCAAAGCUAACCCAUGACAACUAUUUUCAUUAAAGCUUUAAUAUAUAUAGAAUCUAUAAAUAAUAUACAUAUGUAUAUAUACAUAUAUAUAGAUACCAUAGAUACGUUUUAACCAUAGAUACUACAUAAUCAACAAAAUAUUUAUAAUUCUUACUUUGUUAUCAAGGACACCUUAUCAAUAAAAUGUAUACCACAAAAUACCAAAAUCCCUGUGUUAGCUAUCCUUUAGGGAUUGAAUUUUAAACAUUUCAGUAGCUUUAAACCUUCUCGGGACAACGUGGAAAAACCCUGUUAAAUUCGGUACAGUAGUUUAUAAUUUACAAAAGACAUACAGACAGACUGAUAUUUAGUUUUUUUCAAUUUGAUCAUUGCUAUAUUAUUCCCGUUGUACCUAAAUUUCUCACUAGGAAGGAAUGUCCUCUUCUAUCCCCGUUAGGAAACACUGAUCUAUACUUUUGACGCAGUGUCAAUUCAUCGAUAAUAUCAAUUAUUUUAAAUUAAAUGUCUAACGAGUGUUACGAAUAACUAUAUAUUACAGGUCUAAUCAGUAGUAGCGAUCUUUUUUUACUAACUUUUUAAAUGAAUUUUAAUGUUUUAAUAAUUAUACUAUCGGUUUAAAUAUGGUUUUGGUAUAGGUGAUCCAAUCAAUCCGGAUACAAUUAUUGAAGAAAAUGAAAUGACAAUAACCAAUGUUCCUAUAGCACAAAGGCAAUCAUCUGGAUACUAUAGCGCACAGGAAGAAAUCUUAGAAGUUAAUCAAACAAUUCCAAUAAAAUCUUUACAAGAAAAAGUAGGAUCUGUGUUGCAGUGUAUACCUUUCAUGUCCAAAAACCUAGUCCAAGCCGUAACCACUGACCUAUUCGCAUGCUGGCGAUCAUUGGUAAAAUAAUUUACCGAUUUUAACAAAUUAAACGCAUUUAUUUCGUUAAAUAAUCAAUCAUGUAAAUAAUUUUAAAAUACCUUACACAGCAGUUACAGAACCAGAUAGGUAAUAUUUUAGUUAGUCAUUAUAAUUAUUAUUAGUUUUUUUUUUUUUAUUGAAGGAAAAUUGACUGCAACUAUAAAGGUUGUUAGUCAUGUGGUAUUACAUUGUAUAAAUUUAGAUUAUACAUAUUAUAAAUUAAAUACAUCACAUUAGAAAAUUAAAUGUUAUAUAUUACAAAGUUAGAUGUUGCAAAUUAUUUAAAUUUGAUUAGAUUAAAAAUUACAAUUUAAUAAUAAUAUUGAUGUUGUUUAAGAAAGUGAUAAUUUUCGAAGUUUGAUUUUCAUCAAAUGCUUCUAUUAUGUUGGAUGGCAUAUUUAAGUCAAUGCGUAUUGAAGAGAAUUGUGUGCACUCCUCCACUAUAUGUUUAAUGGUUAAUGCUAUAUGGCAUGUAUCGCAUAUUGGUUGAGGCUCUUUGAGUGUAUGAUAAAGGAGUGUCCGAUUCUUAUGUGGGUGAUUCUAAUUUCUUGACGUCGGUUGAAAUUGGAUGGGGUGGGCCAUUUUUGGAUCGUUUUUCUAAUAUUUUUUAGUUUGUUGGAUGUAAAUAUUGAGUUCCAGCGAUUUUUCCAAGAUGAAAGUAUUCUAUUUUUAUUAGAAUUUUUAUGUAUCACUUACGGGUAUGCUAUCUAGUGUGGGGUUGAGCAAAUUUUUCAUAGCAAGUUUGGUAUAUUUGUCUGCUUUUUUGCUACCAGCUCUACCCGUAUUAGUUGAUACCCACAUGGAAAGAUGUUCUUUUUUGUUCGUAUUAAAUUUGCUUAAGUGUUUUGAGUAAUUUUAUGUUUCGAGGAAGUUUUUUUAAGUGGUAGUAAAGUAUUUAAGGAGUCACUAAUUAUAAGUAUGUCGUUUGCUUCAUGAGUUUCGGCAAGUUUUACCCCUUCAUAUAUGACGUAGCUUUUAGCAGAAAAAAUGGUGGUUUUGGGAACUUGUGUUAUCAUUAAUUACUGCAAAUCCUAUUCCAUGAUCUAAUUUAGAUGCAUUCAUAUAUAUUUUGAUGUAAUUAAAGAAUGUGUGUUGAAUUGUGUUUUGGAAAUUAUGAUAUUAUUUAUUUCAUUUUUAUUGAAAAGAAGAAGUUCUGUAUACAAUUUAAAUUCCCAAUUUCAGGGAGGAAAGUCAUGGAAAGAAAUUCUGUUUCAACAGAAGUGUGAAUGUCCAUUGUUUAUUGUAAUUUGAUUAAUAAUACUGAGGAAGGGUUUUUGUGUUCUGUAUUUAUAGGAUGUAAAAUGAGGUUGUAGAACAAGGUUUUGUAUCCUAGGUGAUGUGUUGUGCUUUUCCUUUUGAUGGUGUAUUUUAAUGUGUGCAGUGUGCAACUAAUCCGCAAGUACGCUGUUAUUUCAGAUCAUAUUUUAUAUUUUGAGUAAUAGUGUCUUACCAAUUGACGGAAGAUUUUAAAUGAACGAAUAAGAUAUAUCGGCCGGCCCGAGACAUUUGCUUUUGUAGUUUUGCGUUAUAAAAUUAAUUUUCAAUAAAGGGUUAUAUUAAGGUGAUUGUAUUGCCUUAUUAGUUUUAAUAACUAUCAAUUUGAUAAUGUUUAUUGGCUAUUCUAUCGAUAAAUAUUCAAUAAGAACACACAUAAUUAGGACAGGAAAAACCGUCUAUUAAUCGAAAAAUCAUUGUGUAUAAUUAAAUAUAUAAUACGAAUAAUUUCCAAAUAAUAUGAUCGAGUAGCGAAACGUAAAAACAAAUUACAAAUAAUUAACCGUAUGGUACAUUGACACCAUGUUUACCACGGAAUAAGAUAGUAAAAUGUAACACGGACUGGUAAUGCUAUGGUGGAACCCGAGAGCCUCGAUAGGUGUUCAUGGGACCGGUCCACAAAUGUUUCCUAUGUUAUCACACACAAUUGCAAAUCAACUGAUUUUGAAGCUACUGAUGAUUGAAUUUAGUGUCACAUUUUUAGCCACAAUACUAAUGUUAUUAUUAUACAUUGCAGUAAAAUAUUAUCAUGCCUACUGAUGGCGUUGAAAUUAUUGACCAUUUUUAUCACGAAACCCCACUCACACUUGUCUCAUGUUUGCUAAUGUGUUGCCGUCACAAACUAAAAUAAUAUGAAUUGGCAACGGUAGAAAUUCCAUUCGAGAUAUUGUUGCCGUCGAUGUCGUUAUUUUCUAGUUAAAAUAUCGAAACGCCCGCGACUAUAUACAACACGACGCGCAACAUGGCCGGAAUCAGAAUGGGGUCAGUUCGGCCUCUUUAUCAGAAUUCGGCCCUGUGAUCAGAAAUUAUAGCUAAUAACCGAAAUUAAGUGUUUGAACUCUGAAUGGAUUUUUUACUUCUCGUUUACGCACAGGGUGUUUCAAUAUAAUAUAUUGUAUAUUCUUGUACCUACUGAUAAAUAUUGUAUAUAUUUACAUUUACAUAAAGCUAUUUAUUAUGACUAUUUAUAUUUCUUAACAUCUAGAAAAUACUUCAUUCGUGGAGAGUGAGGAUUUUUUUCAACUCAAUGUUAAGUUUGACGAUUUAUUGUUUGGGCCAUAUCAUUUUGAAUUUACGCGUGUAAAUGAAAGAAAUACAAAAAAGGAUGUGUCUACCGAUGAAGGGGAAGACUCAGAUGAAGAAGAGUAUGUUUAUAGAAUAUAUAACUAAUAUUAUGCAUAAUAUAUAACACUUGAAUUUUAUAUGUAAUAUUUACAUUAAAUGAGAUCGACAUAACAAUUGAUUUGCAAAUAAUAAACAAUACUGAAAUCAAUUUAAUACUAAUACAAAUUCAUUAUAUAGUAAUAAUAAUAACAAUAAAAAAAAUAGGUAAUAUCUAUAACUUAGAAAAACUGUAAAAAAGUUACAUUACAAGUAUCUUUUAUUUAUCGAAAAAAUCAAAUAUAAACAAAUUAUUGGUACCAAUUCGUAAACGGGAAAUGUCUAGUAUUGGUAUAUCAAAAAAUGCCCCUUUUUAAUUAAAAAAAAUAAAUAUAUUACGCUAUAACCCUUAAAAAAGCGAAUUUUGUAGCACCCUAUACUUAUAAGCAACAACUGUAGGGAACUCCAUUUUUAGAAAUUUAGCAAUGGUUAUCACACACUACACUUAAAACAGUGGUUUCCAAACAACUGUUAAACUCUAAAUGUUCAGUUCAAUUAAUAUUAUUUUUAUCAUCUGAUUCUAAAUGAGCUAAAAAUGAAUAUCUAAUAAUUUUAACGUUAUUCUAUAUACUAUGACUAAUAAGUAUAAUUAUUGAUAUAAUUAUUAUUAUGUGUACUUGCCUAUAGUAAAAACACAAUGUUGCCCUACUGGAGGAACGUAAUCCCAAUAACUACCGAAGAAGAAUUUAUAAAACGUGCAUCUAAUAAACACUAUUUUCCUUACCACGUAAGUUCGUUUGUCUCAAGAGUAUAAGAAUAAUAAUAUUGUAAAUGAGUCACAAAGAUAGUUUUCAACAGGUGGUAAUAACGAUGUCAAUCAAUGAAAAUGAAAAAUGGUGCCAAGGUGCGUUAAUCAGAUCAAACUGGAUGAUAACUUCUAAGUCUUGCCUUAAAAAGUAAAUAUUUUAUUUAAAAUAAUAACAAUGCAGUUUAUUGUAUUUUAAUAUGUUCAUUAACAUAUUACGGAUAAGUAGGUAUUUUUGCUUUAUGAAAAUGUGUAUUUUUGUCUUCAUGAUUGCGGUUGGUAAAAAUGCCAAAAAUUUUUUACGGAGUAUACAUGAGUACUUACUUUAAUAAUGCAGAACUUCUGUCCGAAAAUAUCAUAUACGAAAUGAUGUUUAAUUCAUAUUAUUCAACAAUUGGAACAACCAAUUUCUCAUAAUUUAUCGGUAUGCUUACAAUAAUAAAUAUAGUAGGUAUUUACUAAAAAAUACAAUAUAAUUUCUAUAUUCUACCUACACGCCUUUCCAUCGGAAUAUGUAAACUACACAUGAAGCGAUGUAUACAUAUAAUAAUGUGAAUGAUGGUUUUUUAAAUGAUAUUUUUUACAAAUCAUUUACAAAAAAUUAAAGGGAUUUACGGUACUUGUUUGUAUAUUAAUUUACGUAUCCAAAUGUAUUUAACUUUUUACUCAGGCACUUUGAUGUUAAAACCAAGGAACCUGUAUAUGUAUUUUUGGAUGCGAUAAACCAUAAGGAUUCUAAAAUUAUAUAUUAUUCUAAUGUGGUAUUAAGCGACCAUAUAACAGUUGGUCCGACUUUGUUAGAACCGGAUUCAAAUGGUCUUGACGAUUUAGUUGUAUUGAAGGCAAGUAUUAAGGAGUACAUAUUUAUUUAUUUGUUUAAGUUUGAAAUAAGCCAGGCCCAAUUACAUGUAACUUAAGAACAUUUGUUCGUUAACAAUGAUAUUUAUAAGAAAAAUGAGCAAAACAAUAAAACACAACACACAAUCAAUAUAAUACUAAUAGCUAUGUAUUAACAAGUUUGAAAUAACAAUACAUUUUGAAAGAGUUAUUUAUAGUUUAGUGAUAAGAACGAAUCGAUUUUUAAUUUAUUUAUAGUUUUCUUAAUGCUAUUGAGAGGAGGGGGUAUUGCUUGCUUGUUAUUACGAAAAAUUCCUCUUUUGAUUUACUAUGUAGUUAUUUUCAGAUUUUUCUGUUCCGUAGUUCUGUUCAAAAUUACAAAUGACUCUUCCACGAUCCAAUUUUGAAAUUUAACAUAACAACUCCACUGCAGAUACAAAUUACACUGUAUUUCUAUAGUGACAAUCAUUAACAAUUUUCGUUAAAGAUAAUUUUUUUUAAAAAUUCCUCAAUUUAAUAUGUAAAAAAAAAAAAAAUAAUAAUUUGAAAUUGAAAUUAUAGAUAAAUUAAACGAGAAUUUUAUCAUUCCCUUUGAAUUUAAAUAACAAAAAAAAAAAAAAACCGUUAGCACCAGUCAGCUGCCGUAGAGCUCCGUCAUUAGAGUCGAUUUUCCACCCUCUGUUUUGUAUUUUAAUAUAGAAACACUAUACGCAAAACGACAAAUAAAAUCCAACACACUUAUAAUAAAAUACUAUACUAGAUAUCGAGGCUUGAAGUCGAAACCAUUAAAAGGCACUUUCUUGAUACCAUACAGUAAUGAUUAAUGACAUAGAACAUUACGUCCGUUGGAUACCAAACGAUUGAAUUUAAAUGCAGCGCGCGCGGUCUAUCUGCGCGACCCCCGCCGUCGACGGAAUAUCGUUGUCUCGGCCAAUAACUGUCGACCGGACGUCGUCGGGUGAGGGCGCCCUGGCGUUUCGCUUGGCGCCCGCGGCACCGGUCCGUAUCGUCGAUGUUGCGUUUUCGCGUUCAUCCCGCGAGUGUUACACGGAAAGGCGUCCUGACCUUUUCCGCUUAUUUCGUUGUCGUUAUUGCGCUCGCGUUGAACCGUCCAGGCUACCCGGUGUGCGGUCGCCGUUAAAUCUCCAAGAUUACGCGCUCCCGCGUGUGAUCCGCCGACGUUGUGUCGCGAAUCUUCCCGGUUCGAAAUUCGCUGCGUGUGCGAAUUCGCCACGUUUUCCGUCGCCUCGACCGGACCAGCCGCGGUCUUGCCGUUUCGACACCGGCCACGCGUGCGGUCCCUCGUUGUUUGUGGAUUUUCGUCGCCCGGCCGACGUUCAUUGCCCGUCCAGGCGCCAUCCGACUUACGGCCGGAUGUGCCCGGUUAUACCCGCGAGUUUUCCGAACUUCAUCUCGCGUACUCGUGCGCGCCGUUGCCGGCCGUGCGCGAUCGACGUGCCUAACCGACGCUCGUCUCGCGUGGGCACCUGGCGCCGGCCGACCUACACACCCGGUGGCUGCGUACGUCAUUGUUGACGUCCGAAUACCGCCCCGAGUGUUUCCGUUCAUUAUUGGCCGUGCAUAUCUCACGCCCGAAUCGACGUCUUCGUUGCGCACGUGUUCGGCCCGUUCGGCUUUGUUCGUCGUCGCCGUCCGCCGUUUGUCGCCGCCGCGAUCGUGCCGCGCCCCCACACGCGCAGCUCGGUACACAUACGCGGCACCGCAUUCGUUACUGACCGCGGGCGGUCCCAGCCAGAAGCCGCCGUCGCGUUCUAGUCACCUGCCGCGAGAUCGUUUCGCCCGGCCUGUCACUCGCCACCGGUAACCACCGUUCGUGCCUACCUAUCUUAUCACCGAUAUCACUGUUAUUGUUAUUACAACUUCCGAUAAUUUUUUUUAUGUUUGAUAAUACUAUUUUGUUCUUCCCUUUUGUUUACUUAAAUCGGUUGCAACCAACACUUCUUUAUUGUAUAAUAUACCAGUUCAAAUUAUUCGUUUUUUACGCCCCCAAUUAAUUGUUUGUUGGUUCAUAGUACCUAUGUUAUAAUCUGUCCACCCUCUGCUUUAUUGUCCUUUUCGUUACCUAUACAGUCCACUCUUACGGUUGCAUGUAAAAACCGCAUACCGCACAACAUCACUCAUACUCAUAGCUUUUUUUUGGGCAGGGCUUGAAUUUGUAAAACAAAAAAAUUCCAUUACACGUUAUUUUGUUUUAAAAAUUUUGCGUUUUACGUUAUUUUCAUUAAAACGGUUUGUUACACCUAAUAUUUUUAUAAAUUGCUCAUAUUUUAUUAAUGUCUGGAAUUUACAUACAUUUUUAGAAAUAAUCAAUUAUUAUUUCAACCCAAGUACUUAACUUAAAAAUACAUUAGAAAAAUCUGACAAAUUCAACGGCCCAAUUAUCACCUACGUAAAUAAAAUCGAAACCGGAUAAAUCCAAUAUAUUUUACUAAAUCUACAUUAUCGAUUGUCAACAAAUAUUGUUAUAAUGUUAUAAAUAACUAAAAAAAUCGUCAAAAUAUUUUGAGCAUUUGAUCACUUUUAGAAAUGGCUAAAUUAUGAAUUCUAUUGGGUAUAAAUGGUAUUCAUAAAAAUAGAGUUCAUAAUAGUUAAAUUAAAAAACUAUGUAUAGCAAGUGUCCCGUGCAUAUUGAAGCCUGAUAAUAUUUACAUAAAAAUUAUUCCCUAUCCGUUAAACAUUUCGAAAUACAUGUAUAAAUUAAAACCUUUAAUAAUACAAUAUUUUACUAUGUUAUAGAUGGUUAAGUCCCAAACCAAGAAGGUUCCCGUGGUAGCUCUCAAAAUACCCGAGAGUGAUAUUGUAGAGGAUGUACAUUGUAACUUUGUAACUCGUUGUUCGGUAAGCAAAACAUGAUAUAGAAUAGAAUGCAUUGGCUAACGCAUUGUUAUUUUUUCUGUUUUUGAAUGAAAAAUAAAAAAUUGUUUCAAUCUGAUUUUAUUCUCGAUCAACAAUAAUGAAGUUCUGUACAUUGAUAUGUUUUUCAGGAUGGCGUCGUGCGUAGUAUGUUAUAUGAAUUGGCAGGCAUGGCAACUCAAAAAGACUUAGGGGUAAUAUUUUAGUUGAGGAGAGUAAACUAAGUAAUUUUUAAUAAUCGUUUUCAUUUUAUAGGCGGUUCCGUAAAGCACCUUCUUGUAGAUACUACACAGUACUCUACUCUAGAACAUUAAAUCUGUAAUUUAAAUAAAACAUUAAAUAAAAAGUUAUGAUAGUACUUUCUUCCCUACAUUCAAUGCGCGUAGACGGACCUUGAAUUAAAUGGGUCGGCGAGCAAAGUAAUCACGGGGACAGAGCUCAUUCUGUAAUAAUAUAUUAUAAUCCAGGGAAUUUUUUGAAUUUUAUAAACGAAAUAUUAUUAUUAUAUUAAUAAAAAAAUACAUGUAAUAUGGUUUUAAUGUUUUUCGUAUGAGGUAAUAUGUCUUCCCCCAUUACCCCCAUAAAAAUUGCGAAUUCGGCCAACCCACCGAAGAAAGAAGUUAGUCAUGAAAUUUGUCGAGAGUUUUCAAUUUUUUUAAUAAAUUAUGGGGAAUCAGAUUAAAUGUCAACAUUGAUUUUAAAUUGAUUAGCUAAUAAUUUGCAUAUAUCAAUUAUAAUAGUAUGUAUAUUAUUAUUAGUGUACCUAUAAUUCAGACCAAUAUUGGUUUUGAUUCGGACUAAUAAAAUGAUAUUGUUUUUAUUUAGUUUUUGAAACCAGGGUCUAUCAUUCUAUGUGAUAACUAUUUGUUGAGCAUCAAAACCAAUGGUACUUCGUUCUACUCUCUUAUCAAAGCGUUCAACUGGAUAGAAAAAAGUAUACAGGAAGGAGAAAGUGAUACGUAGGUUCGCAAUAUUUACUGAUGGGGUAUAUUAAUAUUACUUAUCCAGAAGUCACCGUUUAAAAGUAAGAUUUAAUUAUUCCGUCUUUUCUUUUUUUUUUUUUUUUUUUUUUUUAAUACAAUUUUUGUUUCAGGACUACUAAAAUUAACCGACUUUAGGACUUAAAAGUACAUUAAUUCACAAAAAUCAUACACCGGAGAUUAAUAAUUACAAUUAUACUGAACAUGUUGAAUUAAAUUUUU